AGGCCAGGUCUGUCAUCCCUUCCACCGAAUGAAAGUAUGGAAGGAAGUACAUUUUUUUCUUCUCGUCAGGUCCCAGGAACUUAUGAUUCCCUCUGGUGGGCCCUGCUGUCUUGUGCCAGUUGAAGAAUCGAAAAAACUGGGGCCCCUUCUACUCCUAUUUCAUACUGUAUGGACUGAAUAAGUACCAAACUUACUGAAGGAGACAAAACAGAAUGUAUUCCUCAUUCCAUUCCUUGCCUCAAAACAAUCUACAAGGCAAAGCAUCUGCACACCAUUUUAAUUUUUAUUUUCUUGUAUCUAAUUCCAAAAUUUUCUAGUGCUCUAGUCAAAAGAAUCUUCUUCUAAAUUCUCCAAAACUAACCACCUAAAACACUCCUGUUGCGUCCUUAUCCUCACCCUUAACACAGCUAAACCUUAUUUACAAAAUCAUUAGCUUGAAAUAUGUACAUCAACAACCCAAAAAAAUGACUCCAGAAACAAGGUGAAGGAUAAAGAUGUAAGAUUUCAAGAAUCUCUAUGAGGGCGAAAGGGUGGGAGGUCGAGAGGUUGGGCUUUGAAGGUCUCAAAACAAAAGCGACAGUGGAUUCCCCACAUCCAAGUCUGAAAAUUCUUCUAUAAAAUCUGGGAAUAAGAUUCCUUCCUUUGCCAGAAGGACGAAUACGAAUGCACACACAAAAUACUUUAUUGUGGAUUAAUUCUGAUACCCAAUGCAAGCGUGAGGUGUUUCGGAAAGAUGGAGUUAAGACAAAUUCAAAUGGAUAGCAUAGACUGAGAAUGGAAAGUCUAGCAUGAGUACAGGCCCCACAAUUAAAAAAGUAGUGGGGACAUUGUCUCUUUUCGAGUCUCUAUGAAUAUUGGAUUGGGUCAGGUGUUCCUUCGGCUCUGUCCAAGAUUCUAUACCUUCACAGCUUGUCGCCCACCCCAUUUUCUUUAUAAAGCCAUGCUAGAGGGCAACUUUGUUUGUGAGAACUGGCCAGAGGAGAAAGGAGAGAACUAAGAGCAGAAGCAGCAGAAAGUUCAAUCAGGGUGUGGAAAUUGUACUUGAAGAAUAUAGCAUAGUCAAGUUCAAAAUUUCAAGGCAGCGGGUUUUGACAACUGAACAACAACUUAUCAGGUAAAGGAAACAAAGCCAGUCCUUACGACAACAACUUGGUCGUUUGUACUUUUACGUCAGGCAAGACUUACACUGGUUCUUUGAUCAUAGAAGAUGUAUCAUCACCACCAGCAUCCAGGAAAAAACAUGCACUUGUCUUCAAGAAUGCCCAUCCCCCCUGAAAGGCAUUUGUUUCUUCAAGGUGGGAAUGGCCCAGGAGAUUCUGGACUUGUCCUGUCAACUGAUGCUAAGCCAAGGCUAAAAUGGACGCCAGAUCUUCAUGAGCGGUUCAUAGAGGCAGUUAAUCAGCUUGGAGGAGCAGACAAGGCCACGCCUAAGACAGUAAUGAAACUCAUGGGAAUUCCAGGACUUACCUUGUACCACCUCAAGAGUCACCUUCAGAAGUACAGACUUAGCAAGAACCUCCAUGGACAAACAAAUAGUGGAACCAACAAACUAGGUGCUGUGGUGAUGGCAGGAGAAAAAAUGCCAGAAGCAAAUGGAACUCACAUGAACAAUUUAAGCAUUGGACCCCAGACAAACAAAAGUUUACACAUAAAUGAAACACUACAAAUGCAAAUUGAAGUUCAGAGAAGGCUACAUGAGCAGCUUGAGGUGCAGCGACAUUUACAGCUUCGUAUAGAAGCUCAAGGAAAAUACCUUCAGGCAGUGCUGGAGAAAGCUCAGGAGACUUUGGGAAGACAGAACUUGGGCGCAGUGGGGCUUGAAGCCGCCAAAGUUCAACUCUCAGAACUGGUGUCCAAAGUAUCGACUCAAUGCCUCAAUUCUGCAUUCUCAGAGCUGAAAGAACUACAGGGUUUGUGCCCUCAGCAAACACAACUAACACAGCCAGCGGAUUGUUCAAUAGACAGUUGCCUGACCUCUUGUGAAGGAUCUCAAAAGGACCAAGAAAUACACAACAAUGGACUGGGAUUGAGACACUAUCAUGGUAAUUCAUUGUUGGAGCAAAAAGAGAGAGUGCAAGAGCCCAUGCUGCACCAGACUGAGCUCAAGUGGUCAAGAGAUGUGAAAGAAAAUAAAAUGUUUCUUUCUUCAAUAGGUAAGGAUACAGAAAGGAGAAAUAGUUUUGUGGAAAGACACUCCAGUGAUUUAUCCAUGAGUGUUGGGCUUCAAGUUGAAAAAGGGCGUGGAAGCAACAGCUUUUCUGAGGGACUUAGAGGAAGAAAUGACGACAAUAUUUUUGGAGACCAAACCAAUGGGAGGACAGACUCAGGUAAAAUAGAUAAUGAACGGCUUUCACAAGGAUAUGGACUGCCUUACCUUGCAACAAAGCUGGACUUAAAUGCCCGUGAUGAAAAUGAUGCUGCCUCAAGCUGCAAACAUUUUGAUUUAAAUGGUUUCAGCUGGAGCUGAGUGGGUAGACAAAUAGAAAAAGGAAAAUGGGAGGAAUUCAGGAGAUGAAGCUUCCAGUGUAAUUCGAAUCAAGGGCCAAUCAAGUCAGCACCAAAAACUUCCUAAUCCCAGCCAUGCUGCCAUCGAAAAUGGAUCCAUUCAAUCUGGAACAGAUUACUUUAAUAAGUUGCACCAACAGAGUAGAUUGCGUUUGCAACUACUUAAGCAUGAUAUCUCUAAUAGAUUACUAUUCCAUUUUAUAUAUCAUUAACAUGUUAU